GCUGCCGAAACCAGCCCGUUGAGGGGGCAACCAACCACAGCAGAGUUCGAACCUCGUCAACAUAAUCAUUCACUCUUCUCGCCCGUACAAAGCCUCAGUGACUAACAGGUUGAUCAGAGCUGAGUACUUACCAGUUUAGAAUUGAUAACGCCUGAUCUUCCGGGCACUCAUCAGAAUGACGGCUGGGUCAGGUACAUUCUCUCUGAGGCGAGAAGUGGAACGCUUGGUGACGGCGACAUAUGCACCAUCACUCCAGAAUCUCUACAACUUGACUCAAGAAGUCACUCCGACCUUGAUUGAUUCAUGGGCUUCCCACAAACCUUGCCAAGUCGGAGCUCUAGCUGAAGUUCUUGUUGAUGGUCUCUCACGCUCGCGCCUGGCUCUGUCCAUUCUUUCCAGCUUCGGGAGAGCGCCUGGGUUCAGGGACUAUUUACUCCAACAACAUCCAUACCUUUUGGAUCAGUUCCUUCAACAGUCAACUGGAAAUGAUGAAGCCGAGUACGUUCCAGUAUGCAUCUCGCUGCUCUCUUCUCCAUUGCCUCGCAGCACCGUUCCACCAGCAAGCCUUGUACCUUUUGUCAUGAAGAUGGUUGGCAGGGUACAGGAGAGCCCGUCAGUGGACAAUGUACGGUCCCUCUACUCGAUAUCAGGCUGUUUAACAGGCAUCUUGCGCGAGCUACCACAGGACGUAAUGUCCUGCUUGCAAAUAGAACUAACAAAGACACUCCGUGACCUCAAAGAUCACAUGGGAAACCUCCUGUGUCUCGCAACAUUCGCAAGGCUUGCAUCUUCCUGGAGCUCUGUGGAGUUUCCGUCCUGGUUGCAGAAUGUCAAAAACUUCUUUGGGCCCAAACGUGGUCUCAAGACAUUAGACCUUGUAGUUCUGCGGGUCAUCCUAGCCUGUUCGGCCAACUGUGAAGGCUUGACGGCUGAACAAUCCGCGGAAAGCAUCUAUCUUGCAAUUGAGAUAUGCAAUACAGUUGACAUGGCACAGCGGCGCUGCUGGAUCGAAGGAAAUUCGAUCAAGAUAGCCAAGCUUAUCGAGAAGGCUACGCGAGAUGGCAUUAACCACAGCGUACAGACUCUGGGUCUAUCAUUCCUUGCAUCACUUCUUCCCGAAUCUGCACUGUCCCCUUAUCUCGCGAGAUUACCCCUGGAAUGGAUUGUGCCUGAGAAUAGCGUAAAUGUGCUCGAGGUCCUCCCAUCACAUAUUUUACCUCACUUAGUCGAAGCCAACGCCGCUCACUCACAUCAGUAUGCGCUGAAUAAAGUGUUGGGCUACGUCUUCGCAGUUCUUUCCAGCAAAUCGGACGACAUCGCCGUUGAUGGAUUGCGAUUGGCAAGAUCAUUAUUAGAUGGCUUGCGAGCUUCAGAAUUGCCGCCUCUUCCUCCCGCGUUUAUAAGUUCAAUGUCUAAGAGAUAUGGCGAUGCCGUUCAGGACUUGGUGGAGAAUUACCCCAGGCAACCCAGUUUCUCAGACUGUGAGGGAGUCGCCGCAUGCUAUCAUGCGGUUUCGAAUCUCGAAAAUGAAUUGAUCUUUGAUUUGCUUACAUUCUGGCUGAAGAUGACCCUAUCGCAAAGGAUUGAACAAGUGGCGUCACCAUCAUCCGAGUUGAACAUACUUAUGAAGAUUAUGACAAAGAGCAAGAGCAUGCUACCCCAAUCGAGAUGCACAUUCUCAGAUGCCAGACCUCUUGCUCUGCGCAAUUGUCCCCCUCUCCAUAGAGUCCUUGAAAAGACAAAUAUCUCAAGAGGUGAUUGGAGAGCAGGGAUGAAAGAUAUCAUGGCGGCCAAUUCUCGCAUGGUGAACGACAGCAUCAUGCAGAAAGUUGAACACAUUUGCUAUGAGCUAGAGCAACGCUGUGGCAGCAUUGAAGCUCCUCUCAAGAAGGCGGAGGAAGAACGCAGUCAACAGUAUCUGGAGGCCGAGAGACUGAAACGACAGACUAAAGAUCUGGAAGACGAAUUACAGGUAGCCUCAACCACAAUCUCAGAGCUGCGGGAGGAGAUGUCUCACCUAGAAAUAUACGCCAAUUCAGCUACUGGCCGUGCCGAGGAGCUUUCUAUGAGCUUAACUGAGGCAAGACAGGCGCUUGAAGACCUUCAAAGUACCUCGGAAGGUACUCUCGCCGGCGAACGAGAGGCCUUUAGGACUAGGGAGCUCGACAUGAUCGCUUCCUUGAGCGCAAAGGACGACCACCUGGAAGGCCUUCAGGAACAGCUCAAAUCCCAGACGGAAGAGCAUGCGCAAUUGGAGACGAUGCUCGUCGCGAUAUCUAAGGAAAAGGAUUCCUUCCAUGAAAGUAUCGUCACGCUAAAGCAUGAGGUCUCAAUUCUACGAGCAGAGGUCCAAGAAAGGGACAAGGAAAUUCAAAGCCUGAUGACAGGGAAAGAAGUCGCGGACAACCAGACUGAGGAGCUACAAGCCAAGUUGCAUGAAGAGGCGACAGAGUCAGAAGGGCUUAGGGCUGCUCUCCGAGACACAAUCGAAAAAUCAAAGGCAGAGUUAGAAGAGAUCAGAAUGCAGUCCGAGCUUCAAUAUUCAAAAAUGGCUGAAGAGGCAACACAACAAAAGUCCAAAAUCAUGACUUUGCAACGUGCGAUGCAGGAGGCAACCUCCAACGCGACAAGAGACCUACAAACGAGAGAGAAGCGGAUUCAACGCCUGGAAAGAAAGGUUCAGCAUCUACGAGAUGAACGGGCGGCCAAAGCUCGUGAAUUUAUAGAAGCACAGCAGCAUAUUAGCCGACUUAUGAGUGUCAUGGGAUUUAAACCUACCUCUCCAGAUAACCGAGCCUCGAGCAAACACCGCGCCCGGCCUUUGCCAGAGCCGUCGCACUUUGCCAUGAUGCAAACACAAACGGACACAGUUGCCGGUGACUCUCAAAGUCAAAGUCGAGGGGAUGAUCUGCUUGCCACAUCCAUGGAAAUCAGCACGCCUCGCCCUGGGCCUUGUAGCCCUAAGCGAUCCCGGAACACCGCAUUUCCCUCGGCCCAACCGUCACCUCCCCGGUCUCAGGAAACGAACAAAAAAUCAAAAGAGCCGGCAUUUCAGGGCAUUGCUACCUUACGCAGGGAGCGAAGGCCUCUCGCAGAGGCCGAUGCAAAUAGCCAGCCCAACUCACAGUUAACCCAGGUAUCCAUAACUAACCCCCGUGAUGAGUUCCACGGCAGCCAGUGCAGCAACCAGGCAGAUCAGAAUUAUCUUGAUGACAUUGACUUGGAGUUUUCAAAGGAGUUCGUCUUUACAAGCACCUCUCUUUCUGAAUUGAAUGGCCAUACACAUGGCCGAGGCUGAGCGUGUAAUGUUAUAUAAUUUUUAUGAGUGAAGCAGUAUCAAAUCAUCAAAUUAAGUGUUACUAGAC